AUGUCAGAAAAUUCAACUUCAUUGGUGGUUAUUGGAGCUGGUUUGCCAAGGACAGGAACGAAGAGUUUAAAAGAAGCACUGGAAAUAAUUUACUCGCAACCAUGUUAUCAUAUGAUUGAAAUUGUGACUAAGAAGCGUUGUGAUGUUAACAAGUGGCAGACACUGCUGGAUGAAGUUCUCGACGCGACACCGGAUGAAACAAUAAUACACAGAGGCUUGAGUGAACUAUUGAAUGGUUAUGUAGCUGUGAGCGAUGUUCCAGCGUGUGUAUUCUACAAAGAGCUGAUGAGUAUAUAUCCGAAUGCGAAGGUCAUAUUGACCAUACGUGAUAAAAAUGAUUGGUUAUCUAGUGUACGACAGUCAGUAUUGCCAAAGUCAAACGAUCCAUACAGUCAAAGACUAGACAAAGCGAAGCAGACAUUGCAUUUUGGUGAAGAGACAAACAAAAUGAUCGUGGAUUCACUGAAAUACGCAUUUCAGGAAGAUGAUCUGGACAUUGAUAAUGAUGAAGUUCUACUUGAAUGCUGUGAUAAAUAUAAUGAAAUGGUGCAACAAACUGUACCAUCUGAACGUCUCCUGAUCCAUAAGCUCGGAGAUGGUUGGGAACCACUAUGUGAAUUUUUAAAUGUUAAUAUACCAGAUGGAACAAAUUAUCCUCAUGUUAACACUCGCGAUCAGCUGAAAGAAGUGAUGGAAUUAAUCGGGACAAAUGCAUCAACUGAGCAGUUGAAGCAAAUUUAUCCAGAAUUUUGUGAUGCUAAAUUCGAACAUUGGUGA